AUGUUGGGAAUUUUCAAGGAAAAGUUGGUGAAUGCACCAAAAGAGCUUAACAGUCCAGCUUCUAAGAAUUCAAACACUAAGAAAGCUAAACCAAGUCAUGAAAUUCUUAGAGAUUUCAUGUCAUGCAAUUCCUCCAAUGCUUUCUUCAUGACAUUUGGAAAUGAUGCUUUAUUGGCUUAUUCUCCAUCAAACACACCCUCCAUUUAUCAAAGGUUGUUUAGUGGUUUGGACAACAUUUAUUGUGCUUUCAUGGGAAAUCUGCACAACCUUAGUCAAUUGAACAAACAAUAUGGACUGUCAAAGGGAAGCAAUGAGGCCAUGUUCAUCAUCGAGGCGUAUCGGACACUUCGCGACCGAGGUCCUUACCCGGCUGAUCAAGUUCUCAAAGACUUUGAAGGAAGUUUUGGAUUUGUGAUCUAUGACCAUAAAAAUGGAACAGUUUUUGCUGCAUCUGGUUCUGAUGGCCAAAUUGGACUGUAUUGGGGUAUUGCAGCUGAUGGAUCAGUGGUCAUUUCUGAAAAUUUGGAACUUGUUAAAUCAAGUUGUGCUAAAUCAUUUGCACCUUUUCCAAAUGGGUGUUUGUUUCAUAGUGAGCAUGGUUUGUUGAAUUUUGAGCAUCCAACAAAGAAGAUGAAAGCAAUGCCUAGGAUUGACAGUGAGGGUGUUAUGUGUGGAGCCAACUUCAAUGUUGAUUCUCAAUCAAGGAAUCAGAUGAUGCCACGUGUUGGUAGUGAAGCUAAUUGGUCUACUUGGGGACAGACAUGA